ACGUGAUCUCGGAGCCGCUUCCUGGAGUGGGCCGGUUCUUCGCUCCGCCGGGCGCUUUUACGACACUCCCCCCCCACACACGCCUCGCUUUGUGGCAGCGCGGGAGCCGGGCGCGGCGGAACGGCGGGGGCCCCAAAAAAUGUUGGGGGGCGCCGAGGAGGAGGACGCCGACUUCCUGUCCCCGACGGGAGGGGCCAGGCUGGCCUCUCUCUUCGGCAUGGACCAGACAGCCCCUGGUACUGGGAAUGAAUUUUUCCAGUACACAGCCCCCAAACAGCCGAAGAAAAGUCUACCAGCCACAGGCACAGGCCCUCCGACUCAGAAGCCUCCUCCGCCUGCGGGAGUGCCCUCCGUCUUCGUAGCCACAGCCGUCCACGCCUAUCGGUUUACAAACGGGACGUAUGUGAAACAAGGCAAAUACGGAGCAGCUGUAGUAGGAUGCCACGCCACCCAGGAGUACAGGAUCUUGCUUUAUAUAAACCAGCAGCAGCAGAUCACCAGUGCAAGAAUCCAUGCUGGCUUUGUGUUCACGAUCCAACCCAACAACUAUGGGACAUUUUACGAUGAUCAGAGGCAAAACUGGUCCAUCAUGUUUGAAUCUGAGAAAGCAGGAGUGGAUUUCAGCAAGCAGCUCUGCAUUGCCAAGUAUAACAGCAGCCCUUCCCCUGAUUCGGUGGUGUGCCAGGAUCUGAUCCUCGGAGACGGUCCAGCUGUGGAAGCCGGCGACGCGCUCGAAGUUGCCUUUACAGGCUGGCUCUUCCAGAACUCCGCGCUGGGGCAGGUGUUCGACUCCAACGUGAACAAGGAGAAACUCCUGCGUCUGAAGCUGGGCGCUGGCAAAGUCAUCAAGGGCUGGGAAGAAGGGAUGCUUGGUUUGAAGAAAGGGAGCAAGCGCUUCCUCGUGGUCCCUCCAGCUCUGGCUUACGGGUCUCAGGGAGUAGCGAAUCACGUGCCUCCAGACUCAACACUGGCUUUCGAAGUGGACGUCAAGAGGGUGAGGUUGGCCAAGGAAAGUGCUUCCAAUGGGCAGAAUGUGGCCCCCAGGGACUCCCUCACGCCCUCCCCAGGACCAAACACCGAACAUCUCAGCACCGACCUUGCAGGAGGUCCUCCCAGUACUCUACCACCAAAGCCUGGGGAGCCAGCUGUGCGGGCCAAAUCCAACUCUCUCAGUGAACAACUAGCGAACCCCAACGUGGCAAAAGCGAACCUGAUUUCACGGAUGGCCAAGAUGGGUCAGCCCAUGCUGCCUUUCCUUCCUGGUUCGGCUCCGGCCCAGCUGGACUCAAGUGACUCGGAGAUAGAGGACCCCCACACUUUGCGAGAAGCUGCACAUCCCGUCACAUCUUCUCCGCUGAAACCAUCCUCCCCAGCUGGUCUUCCUCAGAUAACAGCCCAAGGGCCCCAGGCACCUGCUCCUGGACUCCAGGUGUCCUCAGCUGCUGUGAUGCCCACAGCCUUGCAUCCACACCCUGCUCUCCCUGGGUCUGCUCAGAGUCUUCAGGCAUACACAGGGAUGAACUAUGGGUACCCACAAGGCCCUGUGGCGGCUUCCCAGCUCCAACCGGUUGGGGCCAUCUUUCCUGCUCCUUUCCAAGCAGCCGGUGAUAUCGGAUCUUUCUUAAUGACGGAAGCAAGGCAACAGAACACCGAGGUCCGCCUGUCUGUGGGCAAAGUGGCUGACAAAAUAGACCAGCUUACUGCUAAGGUGGAGGAGCUCCAGAAACAGAAUUCUACCCAAAGCUUGUUACCAAGUAUCUCCUCUGUCACCAUGGAGACGACCAUGAUUAUGACCAACAUCCAGCGCAUUGUCCAGGAAAAUGAGAGGCUGAAGCAGGAGGUUUUUGAGAAGAGUCGUCGCAUCGAGGAACAGAACGAGAAGAUCAGUGAGCUGAUUCAGCGGAAUCAGAGACACGUGGAACAAAGCAAUCUGUUGAUGGAGCAAAGGAACAAUUCUCUGCAAAUGAACACCGAACAUUCUCAAGCCAGGGUCUUGCAUGCUGAGCAAGAAAAGGUGAAAGUUGCCGAGGAACUGGCAGCAGCUACGGCCCAGAUCUCCCGGCUUCAGCUGGAGCUGACCAGCCAUCAGAAGAAAGAGAUGGACCUGCGCUCCCAACUGAAUGCGGCCCUGAAGGAAGCCGAAAGACAGGCUGCCCAGUUUAACCAGUUGCAGGCCCAGCUGGCAGAGCUUCGGGAGUCAUCCGAAGAGGCCAAGAACAAAUUCCAGGCGGAGAAGCAGAGCCGGAAGCAGCUGGAUGGGAAGGUGGCUGCUUUGGAGGAAGAGCUGGCUGACCUCCGGGUGGAGAAGGAGAAUCUAGAGAAAAAUCUUUCCGAAAGAAAGAAAAAAUCGCUCCUUGAGAGAAAACAAGCCGAAGACGAGGCAGAUGAGAUCCGCAGAUCUUACCAGGAAGAGCUGGACCAACUCCGGCAGCUUCUGAAAAAGUCACGGGCAUCCACCAAUAACGUUGCUUCAGAGCAGCUUUCCCUUCUGCAGACCGAGCUGGAGUCCCAGUGGGAAGCCAAAUGCGAGCGUCUGCUGAGCUCAGCCAAGGAGCAGCACGCCCGCCAGCUCCAGGAAGUGUGCGAGCAACGGGAUGCCCAGCAGCAGAAGGUCUCCCAGCUGGAGGAGAAGAUUUCUCUGCUCGAGGCCAGCAGGAGCUCAGAGGACCCAAAAUCCACGGAGUUGCAGGAACAAGUGAAAGAACUAGAGGCCGUUAAAAGCAAGUGUGCAGACUUGCAGUCCCAACUGGCAGACCUCACUGCCCAUUAUGAAGACCGGCUCCAAGGGCUGAAGAAGGUCAUCAGUAGGACCCCACCGACGGCUUCAGCUGAAGAGGUGAAAAUGAUCAUGAACGGUGUCUUCCAGUCCCUCCGCGGCCAAUUUGAGUUAGACGAGUCCUACAGCGGAAGAACCGUCCUGGGCGUGGUCAUGACCACUAUCAAGACCAUCACUCUGCAGCUGCUCGAAAGGUCUGAAGGGCGCAGCCGGGAACAGCAGGGACCACCGCAGAGAGGGGGUCCCGUGGCCGUGGCCCGAGAUCAGCCAAGCGGUCCUAAUGAGGUACCAGCCAUGGCCUCUCCCGUUCCUUCAGACCACCUAGAAGAAGACCCAAACAGCUCUGCUCCCGCUUCAGAGGGAAGUCAAAGCGAGCAGGAAGAGGAGACACAGCAUUCGGGCACAGCUGAAGAGUUGGCCCUUGCAUCCUUGGAUCCAGUCACAGACUCUCCAGAGGUGGAGCCUAAGGAGGUGGUUGUGUCUGGACCGACAGAAGCCCAAGCUGGUGGUGCUUUAGAGAAGACCCCUGCAGAUCUUGCUCCCUUGAAGCCAACUGUUGAGGAGGCUGUGCCUACACUGGACCCGGGAAGAGAAGAGGACUCUUGCCCAGACGUUCCUAACCAAGAGCCGACCUCCUUGAGCCUUGCAUCUGGUGCAAGAGAUGGGAAAGUCCAAGCUGGGGAGAUGCCACCAGCAGCCUCCCUCCCUCCCAAAGUGGAUUCCAGCACCCCCAAGGAUAAAGCCAGUUUGUCGAAAGCGACCAACUGUAAGCUGCCUUCAUCAGGAGGUCCGUUGGAAGAGGAAGAGGACGAUGAAGAACUGAGCUUUAAGGGACGGCCUCCCCCCACCCCGCUCUUCGGAGACGACGAAGACGACAGUGACCUGGAUUGGCUGGGAUGAGCAAGCAGGUGAAAAAAGCUGGAAGAUGACUUGCGAUGGGGAUAUAUAUAUAUUUUUUGCUUUCUUGUUUUGCACAGAGGGGGCCUGGAGAACUGGCUGGCACUCAGGUAGCCCCCUGCAAGAUUCUGGGAUUGUCACUUGGGGGGUUGGUGGUGGUGGAAGGGCUUGACUACCAGCAGUUUCUCUCCUUGCACUGAAGCAAAGAGCAAACCCCGACCUCUGAAAUUCAGGCUCCUGCUUUUUGCGAGCGAGAUCUUGACCGAGGUGGAGAAGAGGUGGAGCUGAAGUGGUCUCCCUGCCGUCCCAGAUUCCUUCUGUGAUGCCAAUGUGAUUUUUGUACCCCCAGAUUUUUCCUCCUGUCCACCCCACCUCCCCACCAGGUGCUUUCGAGGGUUCCCUGCCUCCUGAUCUAUCCUUCCUCCGUGCAUCGAGCAGAACAACUGGAGGGUUUUAAAUGGCUAGGAAAGAAUCUCUUUUCCACAAGACCAGGCAGAAGAGGAUCAGUUGUUGGGCGUUUCCAGCAUUCCUGGGUCACUUUCAAACUUUUCUUUUUUCGUGAGGCUCCACCCGGCAUUGCACUGCAGCACGGAGAGCCUUGAAAAUGGCUCAAGGACCGAGAGGCAGUUUUAGCCAUGGAGGAAUGAAUACAUCCAGGCUUUUACUCAACUUUGGGGUGAUAGCUCAUCGUGUUCUUCUCCUGCCUUAUCGGUGAGAUGCUUUUUCGGGCCUCUCCAGCUCAGACAGCAACUGUAGAAGUGGUCUCUUCACCUCUAUGCAAUGUCUCCCCACUUCACAAAGCCUUUUGGGCUGGAGUUAUUUCUUGAAGUCUUUUCUUGGGGGGGGGGUGUUUCAGUUUUGUCCCCCUUUUUAGAGCAAAGGGCAGCCGGGGAGAGAAACAUUGUCAUAUUCACAACGAAAGGGGUAUUCAUCCUUUCUAACUCUGUUGGGGGGUGUCAAUCGCCCCCUAGAAGCAGAGAAAAUAUUCUGCAUUUAAGGGGUGUCUGCUCCUUUCCUAAUAAGGCUCAUUAUGUGUGGAAUCUGUGUGGAUUAACUGAGCUUUCAGUCUAAGCAAUAGCCGAGUCUCGUUUUAGAAGAAGCGAUGGGAAAUUUCUCUAAAAGUUCACCGUUUCUAAUAAACACAACCGGUACCAGGAAACACCAAUGGAGCUAGUUUGGGGGGAUGAAUCCCCCCCCAAAAAACCUCCAUUUCUUUGCCCCUCCAUCCUCCUCCCCCAAGAUCGUCAUCUUUGUGCAUUGUCUUCUUGUCAUCUUUACAACUUUGCCAACGUCGGUUCGGGAUUUUUCUCUUUGGAUGCAGAACGUAGCACUAAGUCGGCUGGGCCUUCUGUUGGACAAAAUUUGCCUAUCUUGUGUCUUUCUCUUUUUGGGGGGAGGGGGUGGAGAGGGGAAGAACCACAAAUAAAAGUGCAAUUAAAGGAAAUGAAA